GAUGGGCGAUGGCUGGGGACGUGGCGGCGCGGGAUCUGGGCGUCCCCUGGUGCUGGCAGGCGACAAGGGGUCCCGGCGGCGCCACUGGGGGGCCGCGGGUGCCCUGGGAACCCCAGUGGGUGGAGGGACAGCUGGGGAGCCGGAACGCGUGCGCGCAGGGCGGGUUCCGGGCGCCGCGCGGGGAGGACCGGAAGCGCGACCAAGCCCGUUGCCGUGACAGCGGGCCCGGGGCCGCCAUGGAGGCCGCGCUCACCGACAUGUAUGACCAGGCGCUGCUGGGCAUCCUGCAGCACGUCGGCAAUGUGGAGGAGUUUCUGCGCGUCCUCUUCGGCUUCCUCUACCGCAAGACCGACUUCUACCGGCUCCUGCUGCGGCCCGGGGACCGCCUGGGCUUCCCGCCCGGCGCGGCACAGGCCAUGGCCCUGCAGGCAUUCCAAGUGUUUGAGCGGAUGGCCAGGCAGGAUGACGAGAAGAGGCGCCGGGAGCUGGAGGCAAAGCUGAGGAAGAAGGAGGAGGAGGAGGCGGCAACUGCAGCUGCCGAGAGGGUGAAGCUGUGCCCUGCAGCUCAGGAGGUUGAGGUGGAGACAACGGAGCACAUCCCAGCACCAGAUGUCGGGGGAGCUGUGGGCACACAGGAAUCAGCUGCAGCCCAGGGUGCCACAGCCCCCAGCUCUGUGUCAGUGGAGCCUCUGGGGGCUGCUGCCCCAGCAGAGCUGCUGACGAGACAGGAACAGUUCCAGACAAACCCUGACAGCUACAAUGGAGCUGUGCGAGAGAAUUACACCUGGUCCCAAGACUACAGCGACCUGGAAAUUAAAGUGCCUGUGCCCAAGCACAUCGUCAAAGGCAAACAGGUGUCUGUGGAUAUCAGCAGUGGCGCAAUUCGCGUAGCGGUGCUGGAGGGGAGCAGCCAGCAUGUCCUCAUGGAAGGGAAACUCACCCACAAGAUCAAUACGGAGAGUUCCCUGUGGAGCCUGGAGCCCGGGAAGUGCAUUUUGAUCAACCUGAACAAGGGGGACGAGUACUGGUGGAAUGCUAUCCUGGAGGGCGAGGAGCAGAUCGACAUUGACAAGAUCAACAAAGAGCGCUCUAUGGCCACAGUGGAUGAGGAGGAGCAUGCUGUGCUCGACCGCCUCACCUUUGACUACCACCAGAAGCUGCAGGGCAAGCCCCAGAGCCACGAGCUGAAGGUGCACGAGAUGCUAAAGAAGGGCUGGGACACCGAGGGCUCCCCAUUCCGUGGCCAGAAGUUCGACCCCUCCAUGUUCAACAUCUCCCCUGGUGCCGUCCAGUUUUGACGGUGGCAAAAACAACUGAAAAACGAAGCAGGGAGAGGAGAAACCUCCCGGAUGCCCACUGGGACUCUCGCACUCCGUGCCAGUGCCCAUGACCCACUGCUCCACGCUGCCAGCACCCAUCUGUGCGGGGAAGCCAGGCGCGGGCAGAUUUACAUCCUGUCACCACGGCAACCCGGGCGCCGAGACCCCUCUCCUCCCCUGCCUCCCCUUGCCUCGCGCUGCCGACGCUCUGUGUUUUUCCGGAAUAGACGGAGCAUGUUGGGUGACAUAAUUAUUA